GGGUAUUUUUGACAUUGAACGAUAGGCAGUGGAAGUGAACGAGCGUACGAGCGUAUCAAGUGUGUUGCUGAAAUAUUUGAGUGUGAAGUGAAGUGUUGAAGCAAAACUAACCUACAUCAUCAUGUCUGGCCGUGGAAAGGGUGGUAAAGUGAAGGGAAAGGCAAAGUCCCGUUCCAACCGUGCCGGUUUGCAAUUCCCCGUCGGUCGUAUCCAUCGACUGUUGCGCAAGGGAAAUUACGCCGAGCGUGUCGGUGCCGGAGCGCCCGUCUAUCUGGCCGCGGUCAUGGAGUACCUGGCUGCCGAAGUGCUCGAGUUGGCAGGAAAUGCCGCUCGCGACAACAAGAAGACGCGUAUCAUCCCGCGUCAUCUUCAGCUGGCCAUCCGUAACGACGAGGAGUUGAACAAGCUGCUUUCCGGGGUGACCAUCGCCCAGGGUGGCGUGUUGCCCAACAUCCAGGCCGUGCUGCUGCCCAAGAAGACGGAGAAGAAGGCUUAAGCGCUCUGAAUGGCGGACGACGACGACGACGACGGACAGAAAGCUGCAACAUCCCGAAUUCUCACGAUAUAACAAAACGCCCUUAUCAGGGCGAC